AUGGCGGCGGCGGCGGCGGCCCCGACGAGGGCAGAAGUGCUGGCGCUCUUCCGGUCCCUACUCCGCACGGCGAAGCAGUUCUCGGACUACAACAUCCGCGAGUACACGCGCCGACGCGGCGCGGACGCCUUCCGCGAAAACCGCGCCCUCGCCGACGCGCAGGCCGCCGCGGCGGCGUUCGCGGAGGGGAAGAAGCAUCUAGAGGUUGCGAAGCGGCAAGCGUUGGUUUACUCGCUCUACGCCCCCAAGGCCAAGAGCGUGAUGGAGUUGAAGGUGCAGUGA